CGGUUUAAACGUUUAACGUGUUAAAUAAGUCUCUGAGCAUGGCAGAGGACGCUGCAGCUGCAGAGUUCUCGGACCUGGAUCUUGAAAGUUGGACCCAUGCUGGACUGAAACAGGACAGACAGCUGUCUGCGGCUCAGAGGAGAGACUACAGCUUCUGCAGGAGGAAGUCAUUUUCUGCCUUUGUGGCAUCCAAGAGGGACAGCAGUCAGGAGGAUGGAAGCACAUCUUGGUGCUGCUGUGGCCAGACCUUCAAGGAACACUGCGGCGUUCACAAACAUGUGGCCAGGACUCACGAUAGUGAAAUACAGCAGCUCACACAGGCAGCGUAUGAGCGUUUGUUAAGCCAGCUGGAGGAGGAACCUGAAACGCAGCAGCCGAACGAGCGCGAGGCCGAGCCGGUGGACGUUUCUGCGUGGAUACCUGAGACUGGUCACAUCUCUGAGGAGCAGCUUCAGAAGGGUCCAGGCAAGGUGCUGCUCUAUUAUCACUACUGUCAGGUGGAGGAUCCACACGUCAUCUGUGCUUGGCAGAAAGCUCUGUGUGAGAAGCUCCACCUAACUGGCAAGGUGAGGGUGGCGACUGAAGGCAUCAACGGAACAGUCGGUGGCACCGACAUGGCCACUGACCUUUACAUCGACGCCAUGUGUUCACACCCUCUCUUCAAGAUGGAGAAGGAAGAUUUUAAGACAAGUGAUGGUGGCGCAGAGUGUUUUACAGACCUGAGGGUUGGAGUCUAUAAAGAAAUCGUCCCGAUGGGAGUGGAUCCUGAUGUCAUCUCCUACAGACUGGCAGGAGUUCAUUUGGAGCCGGAGGAGUUUCAUAAAAAAGUCGAGGCUCUUUUGUCUGAAGGUGAUCUGUGCGACGACACCAUCCUCUUGGACUGCCGCAAUUUUUAUGAGAGUAAGAUUGGACAGUUUACUCGUUGUCUGGCCCCAGACAUCCGUAAGUUCAGCUACUUCCCGGACUACGUAGACCAGAACCUGGAACUGUUCAGAGACAAGAAGGUCUUGAUGUACUGCACAGGAGGGAUCCGCUGCGAGCGCGGCUCCGCCUACCUCCGCUCCAAAGAUGUGUGUAAAGAGGUGUACCAGCUGAAAGGUGGAAUCCACAAGUACCUGGAGCAAUUCCCGGAGGGUUUCUAUCGAGGGAAACUUUUUGUGUUUGAUGAGCGUUACGCCAUCUCCUCCAAUAACGACGUCAUCUCGGACUGCAGGUACUGCCGCCGUCCCUGGGACCAGUACAAGCUCUGCUCCACCCAGUUCUGCUGUCAGCUGGUUCUGGCCUGUCCCAGCUGCAGACAGGACGGACACACCGCCUGCUGCCCCACCUGCCAAACCAAAGGACACGCUCAGAGCGAGGCGUCCCCGACUGUCGUGCAUCAUAGAGAGGAGUGCGAGUGCACCGGGGGACGUCCCAGAAUCCCUCAGGACGUGUAGCGGUGUAAAGAUUAUGAUUGGACAUCAGAGCUUACAGCCACAUGAAAAACACUUCCUUAAUAAUGAAUGUACAACAGGAAUUUUUUAAAGGUGUCUACUAUGUUUCAAAGUUAUUACAUUUUUAUAUAAAUGCUUAGAAUUAAGCCAAUCUUACUGUUUCUGAAGGGUAAGACCGAUAUCCACAAAUCUGAUAUUAGAUGGUAAAAACAUAUAAUUAUCUUUUAUUGUGAAAAUGCAAGAGAGUUUUAUUACAUGAAUUUUAUAAAACUGGAACGCCUCAUCAAGAA